GAGACUGACUGGAGUCUGUAACGUCGCCUUCCUUUAUUCAGGCAAUCCCCUUUUCGGGGUACCGUUUCGAGGGGAGAACAAAGGGAAGGACUGCGGUGGAGAGAUCAUUGAGCUCACAAAGACUAGCUUAUCCAUCUGUGCGGACCAUCGAGAUCAGCUUUCAAAUACAGCUGCUCGCCAAACUCCCUAUGGGUACUACUCCUUGUCCUGCAUUUGCUUUCAUUUCAUCUUGACUCCUCCAUGUUCCGGGGGAACCGUCCGAUGUGGCUCAUUUUACCCUCUCAUUUCUUCUAGGAUGAUCUGACUCCGGUUUCCGAAGGAUAUCAUGAACUUCACUGCCUCACAGUUGGCGGCUUUGUGUCUCGGCAUAGUCUUCCUCAUCAUUAUCAUCCUUGGACUCCUGUUCUGGCUGUACGCCUCCAAAAGAGCCAGGCGAGAAGAUCACGAAGCAUCAGCAGCGAAUGUCGGACGGUGGAAAGAAGUCGCCGAAAUCGCUGUUCCUUCAGUGCCAACAGCUCCGAAGCUGAGAAGCCAAUUCAGUAUGCAAGGCAUCAGGAAUCCCCAUGAAUCUGUCCCGGCGACAUUCAUCCUGCCGUCGAAGCGCUUGUCAAGGUCGGUCGAUGCCUCCGAUCGCCAGUCACAGGAGUCUCGUCGUAAAGCUGCUGGGUCCAGGGAGCUGCGGUCCGAUAAGGGCAUUACGUUGGUGGAGAUGGGCGGCGAGGCAGAGCAUCCCGGUCUGCAGAAAAGCCGGACGAAGCUCUCGACACUGAAACGAGAGGGAGAGAAGCCAAAGUAUCCGCACGAAAGCGCUGAGAGACAAAAAUGGGGAGUACGGAGAGCGAGAGGAACACCCAAGUCGAGUGCUGCAAGCUCUCCUCGUAAGCAUGGUCGAAGGCAGCGCCUGGCGGCGAACGGCAGUGCAGUGGUAGGUCUAGGGGCAAGGAACGAGCGGUCUCAUAAAGACAGACGAUAGCAUACAGGUCAGGGUGCAGCCGAUCCAUCCGAGUGAUGGCUUAUGCGGCCUCUUGUCUCAUCACUGUUCUGGAUCCCAUUGCCUGGGCAAGACUCCUUCUCUUUGCCAACAUCAGACAUAGGCUUCCUGGUUCGCCACACUCUGAACGACCAAGCUGCUGCCACAAGGGUUGUGUGUGUUUCAUCGCCUCAUUUUUCGUUUCG